AUGCCUCUGGAUAUCGACCCCAACUAUGUUCUGCAGGCCGCGCGACUGACGGCCAUUGUUGCAGCGGCGCCUCGCCAGGACGACCCUCGCUAUCUGGACUGGGAGACGAGGAUUUACCUCGAAGUGAGUCGGCUUGAAAAGAGUUUCCCGCAGCCCUUGAAGUCAUUGAGGAUGCCUGGGAUCGUCAUCAGCGCGUUGCUGGAAUUCACCCGGGCAUACCAGCAGAAGGCCCUGGCGCGGCUGGACCACAUAUCGAACGACGACGAGAGGAUAUACAAGAGGUACCCUCUGGCUGUGCGCGAGUAUGGGGAGUGUGAGGACCUGGGAAGGCAGUGGUGGACUGAAGAUCCAUAUUGCAAGCUGCCACCAGUGAAGAGUAUGCCAGCGGAGGGCUGGGGCAAUGUGCCAGCCGAUGACGACACCCAGGGAUGUGGCGAGGAGGACCUGGCUACUGGGGACCUCGUCACCAAGGGGAAAGGCAAGGAGAGAGCUGACAACGACGUCGGGACAGGCAUGGUGGGUGAGCGUAUCGUCCACGUGGAGGCGGGGGAGGACAAGAGAAAGGGCAAGAGCAAGGAGAAGGCGCAGGGGAAGGCGGCGCAUGCGAUGAGCGAGGAAGAGGAUGGGGGAGAGGGAGAGGGAGAGGGAGAGGGAGAGGAGCAGGAGGGCGAGGACGACGAUGAUGCCGACAGUGAUGAGGACGACGAUGCCGACAAAGAUGACGACGAUGAGAUGGUGGAAGACGUGCCGGGUGCAGGCCAGCCUGAAUCCAUCGAGGUCGAUGCGGUGUCGCCCCCUCCGCCAACUGCCAGACCAAUAUCGAUCUCGCCAGCUGCCUCAUCACUCCGAAAGCGCAAGGCGGUCAUCACAGAGUCGAGUGAGGAGAGUGAGAACGAGGAGGCGGCUCCGAAGGCGAAGCGGAUGAAGCCGAUCGAGGUCGCAAAGGAGAAAGGCGAGGCCCCGACCACCUCUGGCCGAGCACAGCGUGCGCAGAAGAGGAUGGCGCAGACCGAGGUGGAGGGCUCAAAGGUGAGCACGAAGAAGAGCGGGAAGAGGAAGGCGAAGGAGUCAAGCGAUGAAGAGGAAGUACCGACCAUCAAGCCGCCAAAGAAGAAGCGUGCGAUGAAGGAAUACAAGAGCAAGGAGUUCAUCGAAAGCGAAGACGAGACUCCGGCACCGCCUUCCAAUCUACCCGCCAAGACCGCAGGGGACUCUAACGACGGUGUUGUGAAGACGAACGCCCCUGCCAAACCUGUCAAACAGACAACGAGGAUGACGGUGACGCCUCAUGUCGCACCGAAGGCGAAGGGGAAGGGGAAGGGGAAGGGGAAGGCGACGGCGAAGGGGAAGGCGACGGUGAAGGGGAAGGCGAAGGUGACAGUGUCGCAGAAGGACAUGUGGAAAAAGACGUCCACCCGCGUGUCUGACUUCAUGUGGGCACAUGCAACAGAUUUGCUCGUCCCUUGCAUUGGCUGCCAGGAGAAAGAGUGGCCAUGCAAGCUCAACACUGCCAACUUCAGUCGCUGCCUCGAAUGUGCAGCACGAGGCGUCAGUUGCAGCAUCGCGCCGAGGAACACGGACGGCGUGCCCCUGCGAGGAAACUCACACACCGCACAGCGUGAGUUCCAAGAGAUGUGCGCAGCACUGGUGGUAGAGGACAAGCCACUGCCCACGUCGUCACCUCCAUACAACGUCAAGGUCGACUCCGAUGAGCCCGACGGUGCAGAACCCAUGGUCAUGGGAGCGUCGAAGCGUAAGCCGCCGAAGAAGACCAAGACGCGCAAUGCUGCGGCAUCCAGCUCCAAGGUCAAGGGUGGCGAGGAGGUCGAGGCGACGAAGCAGAAGGCGACCAUCAUGCCUUAUGAAGCCAACGCUGAAGGCGAGGCCUCAGUGGAGAAAUCGUCGAAGUCCAAGCGCGCUGCCAAGUCCGCCACCGCCACUGGAGCUGUGGCUCUGUCCAACUCUGGCGAGGUUGCCAACUCUGGCGAGGUCUCCAAGUCUGGCGCACCUGCCAAGUCUGGUGCGGUCGCCAAACCUGGUGAAGGUAAGAAAUCAGGACCCAAGGCAAAGCCGGUGAGGAGCCAAAACUCAGGUGCGCAAGAUGGUGGCGAGGUCACCAGGACCUCAGUACGUGAGCUGGAUGAGGUCCCGCCUGCCAAGUCUGUUGCGAAGGAGGGCGGGCAGACGACAAGGGUGGCGAUGGGAGGUCGCUCGGGCCCAAUGGUGCCCGUGAUCACCAGGAAGGCGAAGGCGAGUGCUCCCAAGGCAGCAGCCAAGAUGCCUCUGGCGGAAGGCGAUGGCAUGGAGGAAGCCGCCAGGCUGGCAAUGGAGGCGGUGCGGGCUAUGGCCUUCCAAACAGGGCCAGCUGCUCCGCCGCAAGCUAGCAGCAGCAAGCGCAUGCUGACACCAGUCGCUGACGAACCAGAGGAUGCGCCAGAGUAUCAGGCAGAGGUGGCGGAGGAUGAGCGCGCGUCCUUGGAGCGGCCACACGACGAUCGGCGGCGUUCGCUGCUGAUGCCCCACGAGACGAGUGCAGGAGCUGCCGAGGUGGCACAGGAGGUGACGCCCUCCCUGGAGAUAUCCAAGGCAUCGAAGGGAGCGAAGUCCUCCACAUUGGCGAAGGCAGGACAUCUCGAUGAAGGGCAAAGGCCAGCUAAGAGGGGCGCCCCACUGGACCGCAAGGCAGUGAAGAAGGAGGCGGAGGUGAAAAGGGAUGCGAAGGCGAACCGCCUCAGAGCAGUGCCUCCAACCAGCAAGGCACCCCACUUGCGCGACAUCCAGCGAGUGUCUACAGGAAGUCCCGCUCUGGUGAACGAAGGCGACACUCCCAGUGGCGAAGAAACCUUGCAGUCAUCCAACGAUGACUGCGCGAAUUGUGCCGAGUUGCGACAGGAGUUCCUGGCGCACAAGGACGGGAUGGAAGUCCAAUUCCAGGAGAGGAUGACGGACCUCAACACUGUCAAGGCAGAGAUCACAGCAGCACUCCAGCGAAUCAACCCGCCAUUCGCAUUUCAAGAAAAUGCCCGGAGCAUUCGCGAAGAGGUCAAGUUGGCGAUGGAGGAGUUUUGCAGGCCGGUCACCAUCGAGCUUCAGGAGAGCGUGAAGUUGGCGGUGGCGGACCUCGUCGCCAAGCGACAUUGCCUGCCAGAGCUCAAGGAAAAGGUCAACAGGUUGGAGCAAGGCGCGAACCAGACGGUGAGCCAAGCGGAUGUCGACAAGCUGCAGGGCGAAUUGGCCGACCUCCAUCAUUCGAUGAAGCUCCAGGCAGUGUGGUCAGACAGCAUGGAGAAGGAGCUCAGGUCUUCGGCGGCAGAGGCAAUCGCUCAAGCGAGCAAGCUGGAGAUGGAAUUGGCGCUCGCCAAAGAGGAUUCGAUGGCGGUGGCGACGUCCGCUUUGGAUGAAGCGAAGAAGGUGGGGAAGGAGGUGGCGACGGCGAGAGAGGAAACCUCGCUGGUGGCGAAGUCUCUGGACGCAUUCCGAGAGAAGGUCGACUCCGCCAUGGUCUUCACCGCCUUUCGCCCAGAUAGACACAAUGUGUAG